AUGAUUCGUCAAAUUAUCUUGAUAGUUUCACUUAUUGGGAUAUCAAAUGCCGCGUACCAAUGCAAGGAUAAUAAUGGAAGUAAUGUAGAUUGGUUCGUCUUCUACAAACUUCCACAUCUUUGGAAUCAUCCAGACAAUGUACCAAUUUCAAAUGGAACUGGAUUCUUGUAUUUUGAUGUCAAUAAUAAAAAUUGGAAACUUAUGCCACAAGGAAUGGAUGUUGAGAAUAAUGCCGUAUAUUAUACCCUCCAACAGUACUAUAACUCGAAUAUGAAUACGACAUUCAGCUACAUGUACAAUGACGAGUGGCCUGAUAGCACAAUCUGGAGUAAUAGUUCAGGACAUGCAAAGGGUGUUACUGUAUUUGAUCAAUACACCGGAUUCUGGAUGAUUCACAGUAUUCCAAAGUUCCCGAGUAAAGAUAUGUUCCGAUUCCCAUCAAAUGCGCAUUAUUAUGGGCAAAUGGGAAUUUGUAUUUCUUACAAUACGGUUUCCUUGGCAACUAUUGCUCAACAACUCUUCUACUACAACACAUUCACUUAUCAGUUCAAUUUGCCACAGAGUUUUGCAAACCAGUUUCCUGUUUUAUCUCAAUUGAAAAAUAAGGAAUAUAACAAGAGUCCACCACUCACUUCCACGAAGGUUUUGAAAUCACUUGGUGGCCAACACUUCCGACAUUUCGCGAAAACCGGUGAAUGGGGAAAAGAUCUCUACAGCGAUUUUGUCGGUCCUACAUUGAAGUCUUCGAUCAAAGUUGAAACAUGGAAUCAUCAGAGCGGAGAUGAGUAUAAUCUCCCAUCAGUUUGUGAUCCCAAUCAUGUUCAGUCGACAAUGAGUGCAAAAUACAUUCGUCUUCCAUAUGCAAUCGAUUACUCCAGCUAUGAAGAUCAUUCAAAGUUCGUCGUGGCAUAUAGUGAAAGCUCCUCAAAGCCACCAAUUCCAUACGUUUGUAUUGGAGAUAUCAAUCGUCAGAGUCAUCAAAUCCAUCGUGGCGGUGGAACAAUGUGCAUCUACGAUCAAGAAACAUACUUCCAAUUCGCAAAUAUCAUCAGUGAAACAGUGCCUUGCACAAAAGCAACGGCUGAAAAGGUAGAUGCGCUUGCCAACAAUCGAUAUUUCUAGAUAUCAUUUAUGAAUCAUCAUUUAAUUAUAAUAUUUAUCUCUUUGUUGUCUGUCUGUAUUUGUUAUUCCCUUUUCCCAUCCCCUAAAAUACUACCUCUGAAAAUUAAGUGAUGGAGCAGUUGUGUUUUGAGUCAUCGCAAUUUUAAAUAUAAACUUCCGCCUAAUU